AUGGAUCGCCGUCCUCAUGCACAGUCACUGGCACCGCCAGCCCCAAUAUCAAACAACCCGCCGGAACCUCCACAACGCUUACGGCGCAGAUUGCAAAAGAAGCUCCUGUCCAUCCGACGUCCUGCACCUAUCGACCCCGUGGCAUCAAACAAACUCAAUACCGGGGUGGCAGUAGCUGCCCAGCAAGCCGGAACCAUCGGCCAACCUUCCUUGCGUUUGUCACCAGACCUGAGCGAUGCAAAAUGGCACGCAUAUCUCGGAGACAGCAACGCUGUGCAAGAUCCGACAUCAAAAUCGCAAUCAAAAUCACCGUCCAAAUCACGGUCAAAAUCAAAGCCCCUACCAGCGAGACCAAGAACCCCAGAGAAACCACGAAAAGUCUCAUUCGACACAACACCACCAGCGCCGGCCAUCAUUCCAGAAUUCUCACACCUCGCCGUCAGCAAUUUAACGCCGAGGCCCUCUCUCGACAGCUCACUCAGCUCACCGACCUCGUCAAUUAGCACGAGAUCGAGCAUGAGACGCCAUGCAAAGACGCCCAUCUACGCCAUUGGCCAGCUGGAAAAGGCAAGCUAUGGGAGGAGUGCCAAAACCGCCGAAAAAGUCACAAGCGUCGACCUGAUUGCGAACCAGUACCGAGAUCUCCUCGAGACCCAGGACGCCAGCUCAAUAUACACUGACGCCCACUCUGAUCCCUUCCCAUCACGACAAUCUUUGCACAGCCAGAUUUCCUCCUCCACUACCCGGUCACGCCACAGCGCCGGCGAGACACCCGCAGAGCAGCUCCGCCGAGACAUAUUUUCGCCGGCACCGGCGCCGUUGCGCCGUGCAUCGGCGGCGUAUUCCAGGUCACCGCGGUCUGAUGAUGGUACGCUGGUUGCAUUCGAUGAGGAAGCGAUCUACUUCAAGCCCCUGUCAUUCUCACCAGAACCGCCGUCGACACCCCCGCCCCCGCCGCGGAAUCGCGCCCGACUGAAUCGCAAUCCGUCCUCCCAAGGGGAGUCGAAUCAGAACCUGAGCCUGCAGAUUGCAAUGGACCUCUUGACGCGUGAGCUCUCGACGAGCAUGUUGGACAACUCGCACAAGACGGGGACAGACGUCUCGUCUCUGCAGGUCUGGGUCAUGAUCGAAGCCUACGAGAGGCUGAGGGACCAGGUUCUAGAAGCGAGGAGGCAGACAAAUGACGCGCAGAACCUGGAAACGGUGUUUGAUACCUGGUUGAAGGCUCUCUAUAACCUUCAUGACCAGAUGACGAGUGAUGCGGCUUCUCGCGGGAGCAACUACGAUGAAGCAUAA